AUGGCAUUUAUCCGAACAGAGUACCGUAAACGAGGUUAUCUGGAGGUUACCACCCCAAAUAUGUACAACAUGCAACUCUGGGAAACCUCAGGCCAUGCUGCCAAUUACAAGGAGAACAUGUUUGUAUUUGAUAUAAAAGAGGAAGUGAAGAGUGUGUUAGAGUUCAUCAACUACGCCUAUGAUGAGCUUAUGCAUAACUAUCAUCGUUCAACUGGUCCUCCUAGGUGUGCUAUGAAAGUGGAUAUUCAAAAAGCCUACGAUACAGUUGAUUGGAGGUUUCUUCGGGAUAUUCUUCACGGGUUUGGUUUUAGGUCUCUUUUUAUUUCAUGGAUUAUGGAAUGCGUUACGACAUCUUCGUUUUCUUUAAGUAUCAAUGGAAAUAUUCAUGGCUAUUUUAAAGGUAAACGUGGUCUACGACAAGGAGACCCAAUGUCUCCCUAUCUAUUUACUAUGGUGAUGGAGGUGUUAACGCUGAUUCUAGCUAAAACUGCUAUGUUGGAUGCAACCUUUAGAUUCCAUAACAAGUGUGAGAAGCAAAUGAUCAUUAACUUAUGUUUUGCCGACGACCUCUUCCUUUUCGCUAGGGGUGAGGUAAGUUCGGUCAAAGUUAUUGUGAAGUCAUUGAAGGAGUUUCAGGAAGUUUCAGGUCUGAUCCCUAGUAAUGCGAAGAGCACAAUUUUUUAUUGUAAUGUUUCUAACUCGGUUAAGGCCAGGAUUGCUAAUCUUGUGCCUUUUUAUGAGGGGAAACUUCCAAUUAAGUAUCUUGGUGUUCCUUUGCUGGCAUCGAGGCUUUUGGUCAAAGAUUGCAAGGUUUUGGUGGAGCGCAUGAGUAAACGGAUUGAUGAUUGGAAAAACAGGUUUCUGUCGUUUGCUGGUAGGCUUCAACUUGUGGUUUCGGUGCUUUCAUCUAUACAUGUCUACUGGGCAUCAGUGUUCAUUAUUCCGGUCAGUAUAAUAAAGGAGCUUGAAUGCAAAAUGAAAUGGUUCCUUUGGGGUAAUGGUAAUGGUUCUAAAGGAAGAGCAAAAGUGGCGUGGAAAGAGGUUUGCAUUCCAAAAAUCGAGGGUGGAUUGGGGAUUCGGCGAAUUUCAGAAGUUAACAAGUCCUUGAUGGCGUAUCAUAUUUAUAGUCUAAUAGCGGGUAGAGAGUCUUUGUGGACUAACUGGGUUCGAAAUUAUCGUCUUUGUGGCCGAAGUAUAUGGGAUGUUCCUAUUCAAGCCAACUCCCCUUGGGGUUGGAAAAAGCUAAUGAAAUGCAGGCAUAUUUUUCGGGAGUUUUUGUGGUGUAAAGUUGGCAACGGCCAGAACGCCUUUCUUUGGUUUGACAAAUGGAGUGAUGAAUGUCCGCUUGCAAAUACUGUUACCCCUCGUCAAAUGGCCAGAUAUGGGUAUUCUAUUAAAUCUAAGGUUGCGGACGCGAUUCAAAAUGGUGUAUGGGCAUGGCCAGACGAAUGGAGGACGAGGUACCCAUCCUUGUUUCAGCUUCGGCCUUUGAACCUCUCGGAGGCUCAAGAUAAAGUCUUGUGGAGGAACUCGGAGGGUAAAUUACUCCCUUUUUCGUCUAGGGAGGCUUGGGAAUCUAUCCGUACUAGCAGAGAGCCAGUAGCUUGGGCUAACGUGGUGUGGUCGGCAUUUAAUAUCCCAAAACAUGCAUUCUUAUGUUGGCUUAUUUUCAGGAGGAAACUCUGGACACAAGACCGUAUAAUACAAUGGCAGCAUAGAGUUACGGGUUCUAUGAACCAGAUGUGUUGUUUAUUGUGCUAUGCGGAUAUAGAAACACAUGACCAUCUGUUUUUUCAGUGUAGUUAUUCCAGAUCAGUGUGGCAUAGUGUGCGGAACAAAGUUGAUAUGAGCUCGGUUCAACGAUCGUGGGACGAGAUCACGAGUUUGCUGGUUCAGAGAGCAAAGUCAAAAGCUAUUUACGCGGUGGGUAGCAGAUUGCUUGUUGCAGCGACAGCGUAUACCAUUUGGAAUGAAAGGAACUCGAGAUUCUUUAGUAACAAGCUCAGGCCGCCGGAAAAGAUUGUUGACAUUAUUAUUCACAUGAAAGGGGGGGGGGGGGUGAAUUGGGUGGUGAUGGUGGUGGUUCUUAUGUGUGGGAAUGGUAUAGUGGUGGUGCGGCUAGGGCUUUUAGUUGCAAAGGUACAGUGGUGGUUGUGGUUGACGGGAAUGGUGGUGAUGGGUGGUUGCCGUAGCAAGUGGUGGUGGCGUGGGGUGGGUUAUGGCGGUGGCAACGGUUUGAAGGUGGUGAAAUAG